UUUGCACGCAUGAAUGACCCAUGUUUUGAAGUAGCCUACACAAAGUAUACUUAAGCAUACUCAGUUAGCAAAUCAUGGGUUAACAUCACCUGGACAAACUUCAUCUGAGGCAGGAUAUACAGAUUAUUCUGGCCAAAUUUGAAUGAAGGGAUCGUGUUAAUCCACUCCUCGCGUCCGCGGGUCUUCUGUGCUCAGAGGUGGAUUACGCAGAUGUGUUCAACCUGUUCCACAAGUCUUCAACUACGCCGUGAGUUCGGGGAAUAGCGGCAACAAUUUUUGCGAUCCUUUUUGAAGCAGCUUCUUGACGGGCUGCUUUAUACCGUAGUUAUAUUUUAUCUCAAUUUCAUCCUUCGCCUCCCCACUUCCAUUCGUAUUUCAUGGAAUUCAAAGUUGAAACCCUUGGGGAGAAUCAUGGUGCCGCGGGUGAAACUGCUUGUUGUUGUUGCAAGUUUUGUCAAUCUUGGAUUUUCUGGAGCACCAACAGCACCACCACCAAAGAGAGCUAAAGUUAAAAACAAUUCAGGUGUGAUGCCAGCAGGGUUAUGUGGUGCUUGGAUCAAAGAACCUGAUGGAGGGCUUUUCACAUCUCCUAACUAUCCUGAAAAAUAUCCUCCCGACAGAGAAUGCAUAUACAUCAUUGAAGCUUCUCCGAGGCAAUGCAUUGACCUGUAUUUUGAUGAAAAGUAUGCCAUUGAGCCAUCAUGGGAGUGUAAGUUUGACCACAUUGAAGUCAGGGAUGGUCCCUUCAGCUUUUCUCCUAUUAUUGGACGUUACUGUGGACAGGAGAGCCCGACCUAUGUUAGAUCCAGCGGACGAUACCUUUGGAUAAAAUUUGUGGCAGAUGGUGAACUAGAAGACACUGGAUUUUCAGCUCGGUACAAUUUCACCCAAGAUCCUCCGUUUUGUGAAUUUGAGAUGAGCGGGCCAGAGGGGAUUGUGGAGUCUGUAAUGGUUACGAAAGAGGGCAAAGCGUUGCAGACAGAGGCUGUAGACUGCUGGUGGUCCAUAAGAGCUCCUCCUGGCUCAAAGAUAUAUUUGCGUUUCCUGGAUUAUGAGAUGCAGAACUCAAACGAGUGCAAGCGUAACUUUGUGGCAGUGUAUGAUGGGAGCAACUCAGUGGAACACCUGAAGAAUAAAUUCUGCAGCACGGUGGCCAAUGACGUGAUGCUGCUGUCUUCAUUAGGUGUGAUUCGCAUGUGGGCCGAUGAGACCAGCCGCAGGAGCCGAUUCCGUAUCCUCUUUACCACCUUCCAUGAGCCUCCAUGUGAAGGAGACGCUUUCUUCUGUCAUAGCAACAUGUGUAUUAACCACACAUUGGUGUGCAAUGGUAUCCAAAACUGCGUCUAUCCUUGGGAUGAGAAUGGUUGCAAAGAGAAAAGAAAAGCCAACAUCCUCGACGGUCUCGACAAUACUAAUGUGACCAUUAUUGGUGUGACCUGCGGAUUGGUGAUUAUCCUGCUUACAGUGUCAAUAAUAAUUCAAAUAAAACAGCCACGGAAGAAGUACAUAAUCCGCAGAGAUGAAUUUGACCCCACCUUGCUGCACGAGGCCUUUGAACCCCCCCACUAUGAGCUGUGCACAUUACGGCAAGCACCCUCAUCCGAUGGUGAGAUUUUACCUGAAGACUUCCCCAAACUGCAGCGCACCUCCUCCAAAUGCAUCCACAGCCACCACUGUGGCUCCCAGGUGUCCAGCACUCGAGGCAGCCGCAGCGAUCUCAGCCUGCGAGAUGCUGCAGCUAUUCUCUCAGAGAUGGAGCCAUCUCUACAACCCCCCUUCCCUAUGCAAGCCACCCCUACUAGCCGCAGGAAUAUUCUAGUGAUGAAGCACAGCUACUCGCAUGAUGGGGCUGAAGAGUGCGACCUGGAUGAUGAACUUUAUGAUGGGCCCACCACCAGCCGUGGGCGAGCUGCAAUGGACAGAACUGUGCAUCGGUCAGUAUCCAAUGACUUCUGAUGGUUUUCCAUGCACGUCAACCCAGCUUUUGGAUAGACUGUUUCUUUAUUGUCCUAUUUUUCUUCCUUUUUAUUUGUAGUAGUAAUGCACUUGUUUAUUAAGUUUGUUGACAGACAAAAUUUCCUGGUCUAGACACUCCAUUUUCACCUUUUUGUAUCCAUAAAGGAUUAUGGAUCAAAAACCAUGGGUGCAUUAAAUAGAUAUGUGAACCAUAAAACUGUAUUGCUGUUAUUUUUCUUUUCCUGUUUUGUAUAUCUGACUAGUCCUAGGCUGUCUAGUCCAUAUAAUUUGAUGACUGUUAUGCACUUUUGUUUUAAUCCUAAUAUUGAGAUAUGAUAUUGGGACACUCAAUCAUUGCAUAUGUUUGAUGUAAAUAUUUUGAUUUGUGCUGUUUGGUGUGGAUAUUAUUUAAAACAUAAAACGUCAUUACUGCUAUGGCUAUUUUCACCUUUGUGUUUUGUGAUGUGGGACAGGCUUCUCUCUUUCCUUGAGCUGUGUGGUUUAAUUUAAUUGUGUUUUAAUUGUGACUUAAUUGUUAAUUGCUUUUAUGCCUAUGUGAGAACAUUUGUGCAUCUUUUAUAAUUUGUUACCCUUCAUGCUCCACUUUUCAUUCUCAUAUCACAUUACUGACACAAUUACAAACAAGUACGGUUGUUAUGCUGUAUCUCAUCUUAUUGCAUUUUUGUUAUAAAAUGUGAUGUAGAACAAAAAUGGUCUUUUAAAAAUGCCUUUCCAUUG